GCCGAUGAUUACGCGACCACGAGACUGACUCUUGCGACCGGCUUGCAACGAAAUUUGGAGUACUACAACGAUACGCGCGCGUCGCAUUCGUGUUCCGGGCUUGUGUGAACAGGCACAAGGAGCUACGGACUUGGUUCUUAUUGGGAGCGCGAUUGGCGGAUUGGAAUCAAAAUCGACAGACACAACGUUGGAAUCUUGGAAUUGCACACAAUAUGGCGCGAACAAAGCAAAUAUCACGAGGAGGACGGCAGAGCACAGGGGGAAAGUCGGCGGGCAAAACGACACCAGGCAGAGGAGGUGCGAGAGGAGGAGCACGAGGAGGCAAGGCACCGAGAUCGAGCACAGGGUCAAUGGGAGGCGUAAAGAAACCGCAUCGCUACAAGGCUGGGACCGUUGCUCUUCGCGAGAUCCGACGAUAUCAAAAAAGCACAGAGCUACUGAUCGCAAAGCUGCCCUUCUCACGUCUGGUACGAGAAGUAUGCAUGAACGUAGCGCCUGCCUCGUCAGAAGUUUCGCGCUGGCAAUCACAAGCCAUCCAAGCCCUGCAGGAAGCAGCGGAGGCUUUCCUCGUGCAUCUGUUCGAAGACUCUAAUCUCUGCGCAAUCCAUGCGAAACGAGUAACGAUCAUGCAGAAGGAUAUUCAACUUGCAAGGCGGAUACGCGGCGCUUGGGGUGGUUUGGGUUGA